AUGGGUAACUCACAAUCUGGUCUUCCACGCGGCAACGAUAAAAAGAAGGACAAAGAUAAAGAUAAGAAGAAAAAGUGGGAACCUCCCGUUCCUACCCAUGUGGGUAGAAGAAAGAAGAGAGGACCUGACACGUCUUCGAAAUUACCACAAGUGUUUCCCAACACACGUUGCAGACUCAAAACAUUGAAAAUGGAGCGUAUCAAGGAUUACUUGCUUUUGGAAGAAGAAUAUGUCCAAAACCAAGAACGAUUGAAGCCCGCUGAGGAACGUGAUCAAGAAGAACGAACGCGUGUUGAUGAUUUGCGUGGCUCGCCCAUGGCUGUGGGCACGCUUGAAGAAAUCAUUGAUGAUGAUCACGUUAUUGUCUCGUCAUCUGUCGGUCCUGAAUACUAUGUGGCAGUGAUGAGCUUUGUUGACAAGGACCAGCUCGAGCCUGGAUGCAGUGUCUUGUUACAUCACAAGACUAUGGCCGUGGUGGGUGUAUUGGCCGAUGAUACUGACCCAAUGGUUAGUGUCAUGAAAUUGGAGAAGGCACCCACAGAAUCAUACGCAGAUAUUGGUGGUCUUGAGCAACAAAUCCAAGAAAUUAAGGAAGCUGUUGAGCUGCCUUUGACGCAUCCAGAAUUGUACGAAGAGAUGGGUAUCAAACCACCAAAAGGUGUUAUUUUAUAUGGUGUUCCUGGUACUGGUAAAACGUUACUGGCCAAGGCAGUGGCAAAUCAAACCAGCGCAACGUUCUUGCGUAUUGUGGGUUCAGAGUUGAUUCAAAAAUACCUCGGUGAUGGUCCAAAGCUUGUCCGUGAACUUUUCCGUGUAGCAGAAGAAAACGCACCAGCCAUUGUAUUUAUUGAUGAAAUCGAUGCUAUCGGUACUAAGCGAUACGACUCUACAUCUGGUGGUGAACGAGAAAUUCAACGUACCAUGUUAGAAUUGUUGAACCAGCUCGAUGGUUUCGAUUCACGAGGUGAUGUCAAAGUUAUUAUGGCCACAAACAAGAUCGAUAGCUUGGAUCCUGCAUUGAUUCGUCCAGGUCGUAUUGACAGAAAGAUCGAGUUCCCACUGCCGGAUGUCAAGACAAAGCGACGCAUUUUCAACAUCCAUACUUCUCGAAUGACUUUGGCGGAUGAUGUAGACCUGGAAGAAUUCGUCAUGUCCAAGGACGACUUAUCCGGUGCAGAUAUUAAGGCCAUUUGCACAGAAGCUGGUUUGUUGGCAUUACGUGAACGUCGUAUGAAGGUUGUUGCAGAAGAUUUCCGGAAAGCUCGCGAGAAGGUGCUGUACAGAAAGAGCGAAGGAACACCCGAGGGUUUAUAUCUUUAAACAUGAUCCUUUUCUUUUCUUUCCUCUCUACCGCACAUAUACAACCGCACCUACGAACCCACCCACCCACACAUACACCAAGUCAAUCGAACAAAACAAUACAUAUCAUAUC